GACGUCAUAAGUGGGACUUUCCGCAUACGUCAUCGGCUGCUUCCGACUUCUUAGCUAACCUGGCUGUGGUGUUCUUUAUAUCAGACGUUAUAAACCUCGCUCUACCGCCCCGUGUUGCUUACUAAAGAGGCCAUGAAGAUACCAAAGGGUCCUAACAUCGCCGGCGGCUUGGAAUAUUGAGACCUGCUCGGCCGAGGCGACGCUAACACCGAGAGACGCUAAUGUCAACAACGCGGCCCCUUCUCGGUAUGAAGCGAGUCACCGAGCUCGCGUGCGUGGAGCAGCCGAACAACAGGCUCCCCUCGUCGGCCGCGAGGCAGCAACAAGACACGCAGACCGUCGAUGAGUUUACCGUCCUGGAGAAUAAAGAAGACGAGCUGAAAUUCGCCCGGCCUCGAGUGGAGCGUGUUUUCAAAGUGACGUUCACUAUUAUCGGGCUGUUGGACCACACGGGACAAGCACACGGCAGCACAGCUGCGCGCCAGAUAUGGCUACAGCUCCGAGGAAAUCCUGACGACGUUUCCAAAGCAAAGGAGUAUGUCCGGGGACUUUGUGACCCCGAACUGAAGAAAGACGAGCGGUACCCAGUGGACAUGCACUGUAUCUUUGCUGGAGCCCGGGGCCUCUUCCUAGACAGACUUGUACGGGACACCAGCGCUGAGGUUUUGGUUCCUGAGCCGGGGCGCCUGCGGUUGUUGGGCCGCGCUGAGCCCGUCGUCAUGGCGCAGAGCCGAGUUCAGCAAUUUGUUGCACUUUUCCAGGAGAAACGAAGUUUACUCAGUGACCGAGAGCAAGCGGUGAAACGAGCAUUCAAGUCCUUUGUGGAGGAAAGGGAUGAUAAAUACACCAUGGAGCUUCUUCUGCUGCCCAGUGCCCUGAAAGAAGAGCUACUGGGAUUGGCUCACAGUCCGACCAGCACAAGUACACCCUCUCUGGCUCAGCUCAACCAGAACCUGCAUCCUUGCGUUGUGGAGAUCGACCAAGACCGUUCACAGAGUAGCACCCCUGUGACGGAGCUGUCCAUUCGCAUCCUAGACACCAGCUUUGAGGACAGAGGGACAAAGGCUUUUGGGGAGGGUGCCGGAAAAGCGGCAUCGGCAACAACAACAGCAGCAGGAGGAGGCAUCGGUUUGGGUCCUGAGCUAGUCCUCCUGAAUGGCAGCAGGCCCUCACACAAGCGCCGCUUUUCUGAAAGCGAACCUCGGGACACAAAGAGACAGUACUCUCUGGAGCGCAGGGACGAGUCCCCAGAGAGGUCAAGGGACAGGGAGCGACACAGGGACAGAGAUGGCCACGCCGGCAGCUGCCGAUCCAAAACCCCGUCUGCUUCAUCGACGUUGUAUUCCUCUUCUUCAGCUAAAGCAAACACAGUUGCUGGCCCCAUCAUACUGGAGCCCAGUGAGGCUAUCACGGACGACAAUGAGGUGGUCAGCCCGGAAACCAACCUGCGCUGCUUAGUCAAUUUCUUCAGAACCAUGGGUUACCAGCAGGACGUCGUGGAGCGAGUCAUCAAGGAGACGGGACAGACGGAAGACACCUUCCUCAUACUAGAGAAAAUUGUCGCAGAAACAAAGAAUUGCGAGGGAGGAAUAAAAAGAGGAACAAAAGACAGUAAAGCGAACAAUGUGCACUCCUCAGACCUUCCAUCGGCUUCCUCCACGCUAUCCUCUCGCUCUGUCGAGAAGGAACGGGAGCCAGGGAGGUCCAAAGAGAACAUUAAGCCGAACCAGUAUGGAGCAAGAAGCAAUGGCCUGGGCCACCGGAGGCAGUGCAGUGGAAGUGAGACCAGCACCCAACAGGCCAUCACCAUCAAAAGGAGCUCCAGUGCCCAAGGAGGAGCCGGGAACUAUGAGGUCAUAACCAUUGAUGAUGAUGAGGACGUCCCGAUCAUCAAUGUCAAAACGGCGGAUGCUCGGACAUCCAAGGUGACAGUGGCACACGCUGACACCCAGACCGGAUCCAGAACAGACUACUUGGCACGGGGAGGGGGCAGCAUUUCCCAGAGGGAUCACGUGUCAAGAAGCGGGACUCGGACUUUGGGCGGAUCAAUGAAAGUUGAGAGUGUGACAGCCCUGCGCAGCGCCCCCCAGUGGCUGACAGCCAGCACCACGUCUGUGUCGUCCACUCCAAAUGCGGCUCUAACGACAAGCCGGCCUUCGCCCUAUCAGACCAUCGGCCACGUGGGCUUCCAUGGCAGUGCGGCCAGGAACCCUCCCGCAACCAAUCCCCAGGCCCCCCCGGUGACCGGCUUGGCUCGUUUCCACCAGUCAUUAACAACGCCGUACACUCUAAAGCUCCCCAACGAACCAGGACGGCCGGAGCUGCGCCACAUCAUCAUAGAUGGCAGCAAUGUGGCGAUGGCUCACGGCCUGCAUCGGUUCUUCUCCUGUCGAGGAAUAGCCCUUGCAGUGGAGACAUUUUGGAGGCGGGGCCACAGGGAGAUCACUGUAUUUGUUCCUCAGUGGCGCCAGAAGAGAGACCCGUUGACGACGGAACAACAUUUUUUAAAUCAGCUAGAAGACCUGCGGUUGCUCUCCUUCACCCCCUCCAGAGAGGUGUGUGGCCAAAGGAUAGCGUCACACGAUGACAGAUUCCUGCUUCAUUUAGCGGAAAAAACGGAGGGCAUCAUCGUAACCAACGACAAUCUGAGAGACUUUGUCAACUCUUCUGAGACCUGGCGCAAGAUCAUUCUGGAGAGGUUACUUCAGUUCACGUUUGUGGAGGACCACUUCAUGAUCCCUGAUGAUCCUUUGGGCAGAAACGGACCUCAUCUGGACCUCUUCCUUCGUAGAAACAGACAACUUCCCUUCGCCCCUCCCCCACUGAGACCGCCAGACCUGCGUCCGUCCUCGCAGCAGCAGCAGCCGCUGUACGUGCAGGCCCUGCACUCCGCCCCGUGGACCCCCGCAGCGGCUCCCCAGCCGCCGCCUUCCCUGAUGCCCCAGCCCGCCGUGCAGUGGCCCCACCCGGGCCGCCGUACCGCGUCCCCCUCCCCCUCGCCACCCCCCCAGCGUUCGCCGGGGGAGACGUCGGCGCUGCGGAGGCAGCUGUGUGACAUCUUCCCCGACCAGAAGCAGCAAAUUGACCGCAUCCUCAGCGAGAACCCGUACAUGAGGGACUUGAACGCCCUGUCGGGGCUGCUGCUGGGAUGAUGUACCCACCGGGGACCCUCCAGUUCCACCCCGUAAUCACCCCCAUAAUGUUGCAGGUUAUUGGGAAAAGCGUCUCACUUGUUGCACACAAGAAGCUAAGUUGGAUGCACAUUUCAACCUGCUUGAGGAGUUUUUCGUUUUUUAAACACACACACCACAGACCAAAAAGGACCUUAUCCUUAUCAACCCGAUGCUUGCCUCGCUCACAGUGCAACCAAAACUAACAUUCAAGGAAAGGCAGCACACUCGCUGUGCAGGUAUGGGAAAAGAACACCAUUUCAUAUUUGUUUAGAACCAUGCUGGGAAGCUCACACUUACCCAGCAUGCUUUGCGGGUUCUAAACAACUAUCAAAAUAUAAAACAAAGUAUUGUUUUACAUGUGUGAGCUUUCAAUGCCUGCGUGUGUUAGUCGGGGUCGCAUCAGGGAGGUGUUCUGGCUGCGUUUUGUUUUUUGCCACUGCCAGUAGCGGGCAUCUCCGGUGUUGUCAUAACGCAUCUGUACUACUACCUACUACCUAAUACAUGUCCAACAGACCUUUGGAAAUGCUUAAAGUACCAUUUUUACAUGGAUGAAGUAACAAUCCAAAAAGCCACUGGUGCAACGUUUGUAAAUACAUCCAUGACACAUAAUCAUCCUGUUGCUGAAUUGAAGGCAACAUUGCACAUUUUCUAUCUCUUCAAAAUGUAUAUUUGGACUUUGAUGUCAUGUUCAUACACUACGAGGACAAUAUACUACUAACCUUUUACUUUGGAUUAGUGCUAUCAGUGCAUCGCCUUUGGUUUGUCACGUCGGCAUUGGCCACUCCAGCAGCAUCCUCAUCACGUGGUCAUGGUCACAUGGUUCUCUGUGUUCUCUCUGUUCUCUGGAUUUAUUUGUGUUGUUCCGUGGGUUGCCGUCGCAAGCCAUCUUUCCACCGUGCGGUCGUGGCGAGGACGUAUGUACACUUAAGUUGAUAUUUGGCAUUCACGAGGGAGCGACAGGAAGUUCCCCUGCAUGCCUGGUGUGAUGUGCAUCCUUUUGUUACACGCUAGCACUUCCUUGUAAGACACAAAUCCCCAACCAAAUACACCAGUGGGGAAAAGUGGUUAACCCCCCCCCCCUCUGUCCUGAUUUUUGCACGUUUGCCACCCUGAGAUGUUUCAGAUCAACAAAUAUUAGUCAUUUUUUUUAAUGAAAGGCAUCAUGGGAGAAAAGAUCUAAUGAUACAUGAAAAGUCAUUGGAGGCUUUUCCAGCACAAAGGUCAUGCCAGCAUCAGUAGGAUUCAGCUCAGGACUUUGACUAGGUCACAACAAAGUCUUCAUUUGGUUUUUCUUCAGCCAUUCGCAGCUUGACUUGCUGGCGUUUUGGAUCAUUGUCAUUCCUGAAUCGUUCCUGAAUCUGAAAAAACGGCCCCAGACCAUCACACGACUUACUGUUGCUGUGAUGUCCUUGUUUUAUCUGAAACAUGGCAAAGGGAUCAGGAAGGGGGGGGGCACUCCACUCUGGUGGUGUUUACUAUGCUGAAGGAUUUUUUUGUUGUAUUAUACAUUUUUUGUGUAUACUGACUUCUGUUUGUACAUAGCUUUUUUUGGACGUGCUUUCAUGUAAGUGAGGGAUAAAAAUAGCACAGUCUGCUUGCUGGUGAGAUACCCUUCACCUUUUUUGUUCAGUGUGCUAUGAUGGCCAAAGUAUACAUAAAAGGAGUUUCCUGACAGUUCUUUAUGUAUAUAAAAUAUCAAAGAGGAAUGUAAAUAAUGGUUUCCUUUUCAGGAUGAAUAAAUACAUAUCAAUUACCA